CAGAAACAAAUGACCAGCCUGAGCAAAUGCGCAGGAAGUUUGCUUCAACUUUCGGUGCUUCAACUUUUCGUUGAAGCACAAGCAAAUGCGCAGGAAGUUGAAGCACUGUGCAGCCUGCAGCUGAGCACACUUCAUUCAACAUGGCGGCUAGGGAACCCCACAUUGCGCUCCCCCACCUGGGGCCUGAGCUACUGAAACGCAUUUUCUUCAAGGUGGGCCCCAGCCCCAAGGACGUAGCCACGUUGGCCUUCGUCUGCAAAGCCUGGCGGGACGUUCUGCACGAAUUCACAUGGGAAGCGCUCUGCUUGGAAGCGGCGCCGGCGCUCUGUGAGAAGGCGGGGUUUGGGGGUGGAAAGACGCCCCCUGGAAAGUGGGGCUGGAGGGGGCUAUAUAAGCUUUUGACUUACUGUCCUGGGAUCCAGACUCCAGUCCCUGACGAUCGGGAUGAACUGAAGUCUCCAGAGGAUUUGUGCUUGUUUGUGGGGCAUGUAGAGGCUGAGAACCAGCUAGGCUUCUUGGCUGGGCCGAGGUUGAAGAAAGACCUGAGGCUGAAGGCGGCAUGCCGGAAGGACACUUUGUUUGUCACCCGGCCGUGUGACAAUCCACACCUUGAUAAGACUGACGAGUUCUCAGAAGGCUUUCCUAGUGCUGCGCGGGGUCUGGUCAAGGAUUUCCCGAACUCAGCAUUUGCCAGGAAAUCGGGCGCGGCCGCCUAUCUGAACCAGAAGCUGGGGCAAGCAGAGGGCACUGCAUCGGAUGUGGGGAAUGCGGGAACCAGGAAAGAGAGGCGAGACGGUGGCAUGGGAACAACCUGUGUCUACUGUGACGGGCAGCUGUUUGAGCUCCCGCCUGAAGACUUCUUCGACAACGACUGGCGGAGUGAGAGGGAAGGGGACGAUUACGAAAUGGACGAAGAUGGUAAUGACGACUCCGGGUACAACAUUUCAGGGUAUGUCUGUGAGAGUGGGCAUCUGAUCCUGGGGGUCUUUGGCUGUCUUCACUUCGCUGGGGGCUUUGUUAAGAAGAUUGAUGGGUCCGGGGAGGAUCUAGAUAUAGACGCAAGCGAUGCGGUGUACGUUUUGUUGCGAGAGUUCUCACUGGAGGCAUCAGAAACGCUGAUGAAGCACCUGGUUUGGGGCACGCCGAGCUUUGCUGAUGUCAUGAAGCUUGUUGAGCAAGAGCUGAGGUUGAUCGCCCAAAAGCAGAAGAAGAGGCAUGGUAGGAAACCAUGA